UUUUUUUAAUGCGUAUAAUGUCAAGAUUAUGUAAUAGAUUUUUUUUAAUGAUAAAUAAUAUAUCACAUUAAUAUAAAAAUUGUCGUUGUCAUUCAUUCAAGUGGUGUGAAGUGGUGAAUCAACAGUUUAUUAUUUACUGAUUGAAAACUGAUUUACUGAUUUAAAAAAUACAAAAAAAUCAUUCUGUUUUCAACUACCCUACCGACAACAAUAUAAUUAAAAAAAAAAAACACUCAAAAUAAGUAAAAUUUAUUGCAAGAAAAAAUAUUAAAAUGACAGCUAAUAUUAAUAAUGAUAAACUGUCAGAAGUAUUAAAGCUAUUUUUACUUCCAAAUUAUAAUGUUGUGUCAACAACAUAUUUAGAUCUACUUUUAACUCAUAUAGCUGACAACAAAAAUGAAGCUCAACAAUAUGAAUUAUUAAAAAAUUGGAUCAUUGAGGCUUUAAAUAUUUGGAGUCAAGAUGACAACAAACCAUGUCAAUCAGUUGGUGUAUUUACCUUAAAAUUAAUUGGAAUAUUAUCAAAAGAUGAAAACUAUUUUUAUGAUAUAAUUAACAAUGAUAUAUUUAAUAAAAUAUUUAAAAUAUUCAACUUAAGAAAUGAUGAUUUAUCAGCAUCAAUGAAAAUGGCAUACACAUCAUUACUUGUUGAUAUUAUUGAUCACAAAAUUGGACGUCAAUGGAUAAAAAAUACAGGUAUUUGGAUUGAUAUGGUUAAAUAUGCUCAAUUGAAUCCUACAAUGUAUGUAACAAGAGAAACUCAAAAAUUCAUCUACACAAUGUUGGCUGAAGAAUCUCAAGAUAAAGUUUUUUGUAAAAAUAUUAUAAUUGCAAUAAGUGAGCCAAUUAUAAAUAAUAAAUUUAAUGGUAAUUUACAUGGUAUUGAUUUAAGUGAUGUAUAUGAAGAUCAACAAAAUCAAAUAUGUACAACAUUUGAUUUAAUAACAAGUAUAUAUGAUAAUAUAUUAUUUAAAAAUAUGGAUAACACAAUACCAGAUAUGUUUGAGGAAUUAUGUGAUUUAACAUCACGUACUGUUGCAUUUAUUGAAGCUUGGAUAAAUACACGUUUAUUUAAAAAUAUACAAACAUUAUGGAUAUUAAUUUGUUUUUAUAAAUUAAAAAAAGGUCUUAAUCAUGAUAAAUUAAUAAUCGAUGCUGAAGGCUGGGAAAAUUAUCGUUCAUUAUUUUGUCAUGUACAAAUAAAUCUUAUUAAAAAAAAUAAAAUUAUUGAUUCAUUAAGAUCAAAUAAAUUAGCAUUAAUAUAUUGGAAAAAAUUACAAACAUUAAGACCAUUUGAAAUGCCACAUGGACAUAAAUUUAAUCAUCAAAAUAUUGCACUUAUGAUAACACCAAUGGGUUCAUUACUGAAACGUGAAUUAAUGCAAAAUGAGUUUUGUAAAAUAUUUAUUGAUAAAUUAUUUGAUGUAACAUGCCAACCAGUACAAAGAAUAUGUUAUGAUUUAAAAGAUGCAAUGGAUAAAGAAAAAAUAAAUGCUCAAUAUAUUUGUAAAGCAUCAAUUGAAAUGUUAAUUGAAAUUAUUGAUGUUAUGGAUAGAAGUACUGCUGUUAUAACAUUUCAAAGUAUGUUACAUACAUUAAAUAAUUUUAUGCCAAAUAGUAGUCCAUGUAUGACUAAAAAUAAUGAUAUAAAUAAUAAAAAAAAAUUUACAACACAAACAAUAUUUGAUGGUGAUCCAAUUGUUGAUAAUCCAUUAAUAUUACCAACACUUCUUGAUGGUAUUGCUAUUAUGACUGAUAAAUUUCAAUUUAAAUGGGCUGAUUGUUUAGAAACAAUAUGUGUAUUAACUCUUGCACAAGGAAUUUUAAAUAAUCCUGGUGCUCAGCCAAAUUUAUGUGUCAAAGCAUUACAAUUAUGUAAAUUAUCAAUACAAAAUUUUAUGCCACCAAAUUUAGCAUUACUGGUUGAAUCAGACAGCAACAUGAAUGACAUUGGUACAACACUUUACAAAAGAUUACAUGAUCAAAAUUGGGAAGUACGUGAUAGUGUACUUGAGGUAUUAACAACAAUAGCAACAAUAUCAGAAAAUAAAUAUCCAGCAUUUCAAGAUAUACUGAUACAUCAUAAAUUUUUAACAGUUGCCAUUGAUAUAUUUAUGAAUGACGGUGAAAGUUAUGUACGUGCAUCAGCAAUUAAAUUUAUUUAUAUAACAAUUAAAAUAGAUAAAUUAUGGAAUGAAGAAUUAUCAAAUUUAAAUUUACCAGAUAAAAUUAUUACAUUAUUUAACAAUGAGAGUGAAGCUAUUGUUAGAAAAGAAAGUGUAACGUUAAUUAAAGAAUUAUAUAUAUUUAGAAAAUGGCAAAAAUCAAUGAUUGAUGAAAUGAUUAAAACAAUGGCUGAUGCUGCUGUCAAUGAUUUACACUGGGAAGUUAAAAUAAAUGCACUUGAAUUUUGGAGAUAUUUUAUUAAGCUACAAUUACAAGAUCAAGGUAUGCUUGAUGGUUGUUUUCCAAAUGUAACAUUUUCAAAAGACGAUAGAAAAAUAGUAUCAUUGAAUGAAAAUGAAAUUAAACGUAGAUUAAAUAAAGCACUUGAUAAUAUGGCUAAGGAUAAUUGUCUUGGUGUAUUAAUUUCAACUCUAAAUGACGAUUGUGAUUUUGAAGUAUCAAAAACAUCAGCUGAUAUUAUUAAAAAUCUUAAAGAUGUUUUAUUAAAAUAUAAAAUUGAUCAACCAGAACCAGCUGAAUUGUCAUUAAAAGAUUAUCCAACAAUUGAUACUAAUUACAUAAAAACACCAAUCGUCAUGAAAAAUAACAGCCAUGAUAAUUCAGCUAUCAAAAUACUUGAUGAAAUUGUUGAUUCAAAUGACGCCAAUUUAUUGUCAAAAAUCUAUGAAAAUUCAUUGAAUAUUAAUAAUAAUAAUGAGCUUAAAAAGAUCCAAAAAAUUAUCAAUAUUACGAGGGAAAAUUUUUUGUGUAUUAUUUUAAAUACUGAUGUUGAGUUAUUUAUUGAUGAGAAAAAAAAAUGGUUAAAUAAUUAUACAAUUAGCUUUGAUUCUGUACUUGAAGAUAUAAUUACUGUUUAUAAUCAAAAAGGAAUUAAUAAUACAAUGGAUUGUUAUUAAAUAAAAAUGAUAUUUCUUUUAUUAUUAUUAUUAUUAUUAUUAUUAUUAUUAUUAUGUUGUAACAAGUUUGAAGAUAAAUAUAAACUCGAAUAAUGUAUUAUUUUUUAACUACAAGAAUAAC